UGACAGAAAAAAAUGAUAUUAAGUUUUUUAAACUUCACUCCGUAGAAUGAUAUUUAUAAUAAUUUACAAAUUACAAAUACAAUAAUAUUAUUUUUAAUUUUCCAAACUUCUUACCAUGUUGGGGUACAACGUAUUAGAAGUUGACCAUAUGCCAGACCCGCUUAAAAAUCAGCCUCGCUGGAAAGUCUGUCUAACUGUUACCCUGGUCCUUGUGGCCAUCACUGGCACCGCUGUAACAAUCGGAGCGCUCACUGGCUACACGUACUGCUACAUUGAACAUCACACGAUGGGAGGGCAACAGAACCGUACAAAUAACUUCACAUAUGUGCGGCUGACUCCAGUUUACGAAAGUGAAAAGGCGAAGAGAAAUAGAUCCAUAAACGGAGCUAUAUCAACCCUCUUAAUCACUAAGCUCUUUGAUUCUGGUUGGUCGCAGACCCACGAUGAACCUUCAAAUGACCCUUCAAAUGACGACUCCUCAAGCGAAGAAGAAGGUUGGAUACACAUCUUACUUUGAAUUGUAUUGUCAAUUAUGUCUUCUACUGAGGGUUUUCGUUUUGUGCCCACUAGAUGGCUCUAUUAACAAUUGAAUUCAUUUUCACUGUAAAACAGUUUAAUUAAAGGAAAUGAGAUUCAAUAAAAUAACUUUCAUAUCUACAUCUUUUCUCUCGUACGCCUAUACAAAAACCCUCAUUUGGACAAAGUAAUUGACGUGGUUUUAUCAUCUAGAUGUAUCUGCUGGUAAUGUACUAGUAAAAUUGUAUGUUAUUA